GAACGAAAGUCCAGAAACGAAUUCGAUUCAAGCGCGAUGAAUUGAGCUUUGGGAUCGAGCCAUGGCGGUAAGAUUUGAUUCCAGUAAUGCCGCUAUCUUCAUCUCUCCCACAUAGAAGAACAAAUCUCGCGGUAGGAGGCAAUGGCGAACGAAGAAGAGAGAGUUCUAGAGCACCAGCUGGAACUUCAAUUGCACGAGCAGAGAGAUUCUCUGUCCGCCUUACAGGAUGCCCUAGCCUCCGACGCAUCCAAUCCCGAGCUUCUCGCGGUGCACGAGGAGCUACUCCAGGCAAUUAAAGAGGCUGAGGAAGGGCUUCUUCACCUCAAGCGUGCUAGGUUAUUGCGAGAAGCAGAUUCGGUGUUGCGUGGUUGUGAUAGUAACGUGGCGGAGGAUGUUAAGGUGGAGUCUCUUGAUCCUACUGACGUCCAGCCUGAACCUCUAGAGGAUCGGAGUUUCAUCGUUGGAUCGAAAUGUAGAUUCCGGCACACUGAUGGACGUUGGUAUGAUGGUGAAAUUGUUGGAUUGAAUGGUUCCAAUUCUGCGAAAAUAUCCUUCCUCACUCCUACAACUGAUAAUAUGUUGAUAUGCAAGUUCUUCUUACAGCAAAGAUGUCGGUUUGGUACUAACUGCCGCUUAUCACAUGGUGUGGAUAUCCCUUUAACCUCCCUUAGGAGAUAUGUGCCAACAAUUUGGAAUCAGUCACUGGCUGGGUCCAGUGUCUGGGCUCUCUCGUCUAGGAAUAAUGGCAUUUGGAGGCAGGCUGAACUUGAAUCUUGGGAUAAUGCACUUCAAGUUGCACAAGUUGUUUUCAAAGAUGAUAGAUCCUCUCAAAAUCUUGGACCAGAGGAUAUAGCAUUAUCUGAGUAUGCUCAAAUUAGUGAUGGUGAAGAAAGCGAUUUCAGCUUGGUACAGUCCGACUCAAGUGAUUACGAUGAGGAUGAUCUGCAGGGUUUGGGAUUUCUGGAAAGUUCUGUCCAGCAGAGGGGCAUCCAGACGGAGACCGCCAUAUUUGCGAAAUGGGAGAACCAUACCCGGGGAAUCGCUUCCAAGAUGAUGGCUAAUAUGGGCUAUCGCGAAGGAAUGGGUUUGGGUGCAUCUGGGCAGGGGAUGCUAAAUCCUAUCCCUGUCAAGGUACUUCCAGCAAAGCAAUCUCUUGACCAUGCUCUAGAGUCACAAAAAGAAGAUAAUACUAACGACGAGAAUAACGGUAAGAAACGAAGUAGAGGCGGUAAGAGGAAACGUGACAAGAAGUUCGCUGCAGCAACCCGGGCAGCUAAAGACGUAGAAGAGUCAAGACCUGAUGUCUUUAACCUCAUCAACCACCACCUUGCAAUGCAUAACGGAGAAUUGAACAAUGGAUCCACGAAGAAACAGAAAGACAAAGGUUCAGCAGCAGAUGGGAAGAAGGUGGAUAGACGAAGCCUAAUUGCGUACGACGACGAGGUGAAAGACCUGCGUAUACGAAUAGAGAAGCUCGAGGAAAUGGUGAACAGAAAUAAGAAAGAGAAGGUUGUUUACGAGGCGGCCUUAAGAAAACUGACCGAGACUCGUAAAGCUUUGGCGGAGGCGGAGGCAGCUCAUGCAUCUGCAUCAAAUGCAGUUACCAGCAGAGAAAAGGAAAAAAGAUGGUUGAAGUUCUAGAGGAUGAUGAGGACUUUGAUGUUAUUGUAUAUAUAAUGAUGGGUCACUUGUAGAAGAAGAUUCAUUUCACUCUCUGAAACUGCUUCUGCAUAUGAAUUAUUGAGGUGAAUCAUGUGACUUAGAUUCCAUGGCGGUUGGAGUAUUAUUUGUGUGGACUUAUCAUUCUCUUACUAAUUUUAACUUCAAAUAGAAAGGAGAGCUCCUUCAUCA